AAUUGCUGCUGCUGCUGCUGCUGUUCUCUCUCUCUCUCCCCCUCUCCUCUCUCUGAUUCCAGUAAUGGCAAACCCUGUUCCUGCCUCCUCCUGCUUUUACCUCUUCCUUUUCCUCAUUGCUGCUACUGCUGCUUGUGUUCGAAGUGCAGAUAGAGUCACGGACAACCCCGCCGAUCAGCUGGUGGCAGCAAUCAACAGCAACAGGACAGCAGGCAAAUCAUCUACCUUGUACAGCAACCCUGGCCUGGCAUGCAUUGCUCUUCAAUACAUCAAGGCCUUCCAGGGUGAUUGUGGUGUCGUUGGGGGUCCCAAGGCCAAGAGACCUCCCGACUCUGAGUUUGCUCAAACCUUUGCUCCCAAUUGCGGCGUCGAGGCCUCCACCCUUGCCCCAAUCACAGGGAGGCUGCUCGGAUGCCAGUCCAAGUAUGUUAAACCCUCGGAAGCAUUUUCAGAGAUCCUGAUGAAGAAGAACAGGAGCCUGGAGAUCCUCUAUAGCAAGAACCAUACAGAGGUGGGUGCUGCCGUCAGCGGAUCAGACGGUGGGGGGCCGUAUUUCUGGUGUGUGCUGUUCAGUGGUGGGAAAUCAAAUAGCAGCUUCGUCCCUCAAGGAGGGGUGGCCAAGGUGACUGAGAAAGGUUGCUUUAGCGGUGCCCAUGAUGCUUGCAGCGGGGCUGUCGCUUUGUCCGCCGGAUAUCAUGCUGUUUGGGGUGCCAUUGCCACUGCUUUUGCUGUUGCCGCGGGUUUUGGGUUUGUUGCAAUCUCAAUGCAAUGAGUUGCUGCACCUUGCACUUAUGUAAUCCCUGUUCUUUUAUUCAUUCGUCGAUCACAGUUUGGUACAUACGAAACAUUUGUAUUUGUAUUUGUACUUGUAUUCAUUCAUCACAAAAGAAUUGAAUUUGGAGUGUACAAGAUAAGAUAGAUACACGAACCAGGGCUCAAUUUUCAGUUCCCAACUUUCUUUUGGAUUAAAAGAACAUGUGUUAAACAAACAGGGGGGGAUGGUGGA